GUAAACAAUCGUAGAAGAAGAAGAGCAGGAGCACAAGAAGAGGAAGAGGAGGACUGAGUCGGAGCAGAGGAAGAAGAAGAGCGGAGUUAUUGAUCACUGAUCGAUCCGAGAGAUGUACUACUAUCGCUAUGACAACCCUGAGGUCAGCUGCUGCUACAAGUACCUGAUGUUCAGCUACAACAUCAUCUUCUGGCUGGCCGGAGCCGCCUUCAUUGCCAUCGGGUUCUGGGCGUGGAGCGAGAAGGGGGUUCUGUUGGACCUGAGGGUGACCCAGCUGCAUGGCUUUGACCCGGUCUGGCGUCUGGUGGUGGGCGGAGUCACGUUCAUCCUGGGCUUCGCCGGCUGUGUGGGAGCGCUGCGGGAGAAUAUCUGCCUGCUCAAGUUUUUUUCCGGGGUGAUCGGGUUCAUCUUCUUCCUGGAGCUGACCGUGGCGGUUCUGGCCGUGGUUUUCCAGAGCCAGGUCCGAGAGUGGCUCAACAACUUCUUCCUGCAGAACAUCAAGGGCUACCGGGACGACAUCGACCUGCAGAACCUCAUCGACUCUUUGCAGAAGAUGAACCACUGCUGCGGGGCCCAGGAACCCGACGACUGGAACCUCAACGUCUACUUCAGCUGCAACGGGACCCAUCAGAGCCGGGAGAAGUGCGGCGUCCCGUUCUCCUGCUGCGUCCCCGACCCUGCCGACUCGGUCCUGAACACCCAGUGCGGCUACGAUGUGAGGAAGCAGGACGGGAAAGAAUGGAGUGAAAAGAUCUUCAUCAAAGGGUGCAUCCCGGCGCUGGAGGAAUGGCUUCCUCGCAACCUGUACACCGUGGCCUUCAUCUUCAUCGUCAUCUCUCUGCUGCAGAUGGUGGGGAUCUAUCUGGCCCGAACCUUGAUCGCCGACAUUCAAAAGGUCAAAUUCAGCCAUUAACCCCCGCGGUGGGCGGAGCCUCGGCCCACCCGGUGGGCGGAGCCUCGGCCCUCUUGGUGGGCGGAGCCUCGGCCCGCGGUGGGCGGAGCCUCGGCCCCCUUGGUGGGCGGAGCCUCGGCCCCUUGGUGGGCGGAGCCUCGGCCCUCCCGGUGGGCGGAGCUUCGGGCCCCCGGUGGGCGGAGCCUCGGCCCUCUUGGUGGGCGGAGCCUCGGCCCUCUUGGUGGGCGGAGCCUCGGCCCCCUUGGUGGGCGGAGCCUCGGCCCUCCCGGUGGGCGGAGCCUCGGCCCUCCCGGUGGGCGGAGCCUCGGCCCUCCGGUGGGCGGAGCCUCGGCCCUCCCGGUGGGCGGAGCCUCGGUCCUCUUGGUGGGCGGAGCCUCGGCCAGGAGUUUUGCACCUGGCUGCUGAGUCGCAUGUG